AUGUCAGUUGAGUUACCUGAAGCUAAAGCUGAUACUCUCCAAGAAGUCUUCUCAGACAAGUUCCAGUAUAUCAAUCUAGAUCAUUAUAAUAUUUAUCAUUUCGAGGAAAUUUUGAUUGAUGGUCGACGAUAUCAAUUCCGAUUAUCUUCAAAAGGUGAUUUAAUGACAGUGGUCACUCAUAUAGCUGGAAGAGCUGUUCUUUUGGUAUCUGUAUGGACAAAUAUGGAUUAUGAGAAACGUUUACGUGAAAUCCAUCAGCACAUUUUAGAAAUGGAACGUACUGGGACUAUUCCUAUCGAUUUUCGAGGUAUGCUUGGUCGAGGAGGUGGAGGAAAUGAACAAACAGUAUCAUGA